ACAAUACCUUAUACGCUGAAGCUUUAAUCUAGAAUGGUGAAAAGUUCUCCAACGACUCAAAUAUUAAAAUUCUGGUAUUGGAUGACCAAACAAAUCCGACAUGGCGCUUCAUAAUUGGUGGGAUCAUGUAAUACCACACGUCACCAUCACUCCAACAAACGAACAAUCACGCGGUUUUCAAUCUCACAAUUUUAGCCUUCAUUUCUCUCUCUUCAAUCUUCGAUCCGUCGGAGUUCCAACUCGGUGCGCGCCAAAAUCCCUCUUUCUUUUCUCUCUCCUCUUAAUUCGUUAACAAUGGCGGAUUACAUAAAUUAACGAAGCUCUUCUGCAACAACAAUGGCGUUAAUGGCUUCUUCGCUGCUAAACGGCGAGCGAGCCGUCGUUUUACUUGUCCUCACUCGUAUUCUUUACUCCGCCCCUUUCUCUCUCCUCCUCCUUGAAGCUAUUUCUCUCGCUUUUCUCGCUUUUUCCGCCUUCUUUGUCGAGAUCUCCGUCGAAAAUUCUACAUCCAAACCUAAAUUCAGCUCCAGGCCAGGUGCCUCGUCAGGGAUUCUGCUGGGAGCCGUUACGUUGCCGGCUGUCGUGUUCUCGAAGUUGAUUCAGCUAUCUAGAGGAUUACCAUUGCAGGAAGUUGCACUUGCAGAAUUUCAGUACCAGAAGUUUCUAUUUUGGACUACAUAUAUUAGCUGCUUCAGUGUACUUCUCUUUCUUGGUGUGGUCAUUCAGCAUUCAAGCAGUAGCAGAGUUGCAUUAAAGUGCACCUUCACAUUUGUAAUAUUGGGUGCAUUAGUGUACUUAAUUCUCCCAUUUGAAGAAUCUAAUUAUGGGUUGCACUUCACACUUAUAUUUAUGUGGAUGUUGAGUCAUGGAGUAGCUGCAGUGAAGUUGAUUCAACACAUUCUUUGUACUUUCCCUUCAUGUGCCUCCAUAGGAGAAGCACUUUUGGUGACUGUUGGUCUUACUACAUAUUUUGGAGACAUGCUUAGGUCUACUCUUGUGAAGAUUGUACAAUACUUGAUGCCUUCAGAGGCUGAUGAGCGAUAUAGCAUUAAAAGAAGUGAGAUUAGCACCAUCAUUCAGGGUUAUCUACUUGGCUUCCUUCUGUUUCCUUUACUUUUUAAAGUUUCUGCUCAAAUUGCCAAUCGCCUCAUCAGUUUAAGCUCUUAUAAUGCAAGGAUCUGGAAUGAGAAUGGGCGAUCAGUUUUAUUCUUUACUUUGCUGGCUGUUAGUUCAGCUGCGGUUAUUCCACUAUGGGUGCAGUUCGUUCAGGAUUUUCAAGUGCAUCCUCUAUGGUGGGUGUUCGAAUUUGUUUUCUCUGAGCCUCUUAAGAGGUUAUCAUUGUGCAUCUACUGGGUGGCUGUAAUUUGUAUCUCAGUGCAUCGAUUUUAUAAUAUUUCAAGGAGUAGUAAGGUGGAGCGAAUUCUUCUGCGAAAGUAUUAUCAUCUAAUGGCUGUUUCUAUGUUUGUUCCUGCGCUUAUUCUUCAGCCAAAUUUUCUUAAUCUUGCUUUUGGUGUGGCUUUGGCAGCUUUCUUAGUCCUGGAAAUAGUUCGGGUAUGGAGAAUUUGGCCUUUUGGGGAGAUGAUCCAUCAUUUCAUGAAUGCUUUUACAGACCAUCGUGAUUCUGAAAUUCUUGUUGUGAGCCACUUUUCUCUCUUAUUGGGAUGUGCGCUGCCUAUAUGGAUAUCUUCUGGAUUUAAUGAUCGUCCACUUGCACCCUUUGCUGGCAUUUUGAGCCUUGGAAUUGGAGAUACAAUGGCAUCAAUGGUUGGUUAUAAAUAUGGUGUUCUGAGGUGGAGCAAGUCUGGCAAGAAAACUAUUGAAGGGACUGCUGCUGGUAUAACAUCAGUCAUGGCAGCGUGCUCUUUUCUCCUCCCACUUCUUGCAUCGGCUGGAUAUAUACAGAAUUGGAGCUCACUUCUCUUGGCAGUGAUAGCAAGUGGCUUGCUGGAGGCUUAUACAGCACAACUCGACAAUGCAUUUAUUCCAUUAGUGUUCUACUCUCUUUUGUGUCUGUAAUACAACACUAAGUGGACAAAAAUUUCUUUUAGGCAUUUCCUUGGAUCUUUAACAAUACACUUAGGUAGCCCCCUUUCAUGUACAUAGAGUAAAUUCCGAGCUUCACUAAUCGUUGACAAUGAAGUUAACUGCAGUUGCCACAUGUUCAGGGAUCUAUUUCUGAAAACAAUUUGGUAUGCAGAAACUAUACGUCGUUCACCAUAGAGCUCCACAUAAGGUUUAUGUUAAUAUUGCGUAGCUUGAAAAUGCAGAAGGCUGUUCUGCUGGUAUUAGAUGAGCCUUUUAUGUAGUGUAUAUUACUGAUAAGUAAAUCCAUUAGUUGUAAAAUUCAUUUCUUUUUUGUACCGUUUUCUGUGUGCAAUGAAGUUUCCAGGCUCUACCUAUUGGUUCUGUUUUGUAAUUUUGGAUUCUUCUUCAUAAAUAAAAUGUUCUUCCCGUA